AUGGCUAUGGAGCAUAAUUCUGAGGUUAGAGAUUUUGCCAAACUAGCCUUUAGAUCCCUCUUGGUUAAGGAGGAUGACCUUCUCCUCAGGAACCACAUUGGUGUCCCGGACAUCCAGGCUUUAAUGGCUCCUGAGGUAGAUUCUGCUCUGUUAUCUCUCACAGGAAGCAGUGAAUCUACCAAUGGUGGAACUACCACGGUUGCAGGG